AUGAAAUACUCGUAUCGGUAUAUAUCUCAAGGAGAACGGGUACAAGCAUGUCCCUACGAGCAUGCACUUUACAUAAAGAAGAGUGGAGGCAAUGUGAUAUUUGUUGCUCUUUAUGUCGAUGACCUCAUUUUUUUGGGUAACAAUGAUGAUGAGAUGAUAGAAGAGUUUAAGGGCACAAUGACACGAGAAUUUGAGAUGACAGAUUUGGGCUUGUUGAAGUUUUUCCUUGGUUUGGAGGUUAAACAAGGAGAGACGGGUAUUUUUAUAUCACAGGAGACAUAUGCAAAAGAGAUUUUGAAGAAGUACAAGAUGACAAAUUGCAACUCGAUAUCAAUACUAAUGGAACCAGGUGCAAAACUCUCGAAAUACGAUGAAGGAGAACGAGUAGAUGCAAAUAGGUACCAGAGUUUGGUAGGAAGCCUUUGCUAUCUUACAUGCACAAGGUCAGAUCUUUCAUUAAGUGUCUACAUUAUAAGUUGGUUCAUGGAAGAGCCGAUUUAUUCACAUUGGAGGGUGUUGAAGCGAGUCCUACGGUACAUCGAAGGAACAGUGUCACUUGAGUUGUUCUACUUGAAAGUAGAAGAUUACAAGUUGGUUGGUUACUUUGACAACGAUUUGUGUGGAGACAUAGACAACGGAAAAGUGCAUCGGGUUAGAACUUUGUUGAGCGAGAUGAAACUAAAGAAACUAGGUGCAAUAGUGAUUCAAGUUGACAACAAAUCAACAAUUGAGUUGGCAAAUAACCCAGUGAACCAUGAAAGAAGCAAACACAUUGAUGUUCGUUUUCACUUUAUCCGAGAUCAUGUGAAGGAAGGAAGUGUGGAAUUGCUGCAUAUGGCUUUUGCAAAGAAAUCCAGACUUCCAUUUACAUUGCUAAGUGAUGAGGGUAACAAAGUAAGGAAAGAAUGGGGAGUUCCUGCCGAUCUUUUUGGAACAUUGCCUAGACGACAGACUCAUGUUCUUGAUAAGAAUGGGAUUGUGCAGCUCAUUUAUAUAACCAAUUCCAACUCGUAA